AUGUGCACGUUCUAUCUAGGUUCUGGGCGUAAUCCGAGUCAAUACACGGGCAACUUAAAAGUUGCUAUAGUCGAUUUCGAUGGUGGACAAGCAGGUAGCUUCUUUCUCGAUGCUUUUCGAACUACACCACCUGGAAAUUUGACUCUUCACUGGCAAUACAAGGAUCCGAAUGACUAUGGCAAUAGUGUAGAUAACACUCAACAAGCUGUCGAUGAUGGACAAGUGUGGGCUAUUGUAGUACUUCGACCAAAUAUCACAUCAACUAUUAAUAAGUCUUUAUCUGCUCUGAUCAAUUCUACAACAUUGGUGACUUAUCCAUUUGUUAAUACACUUCCUGUACUUGUUACUUAUGACGAAGGACGAAGCCCAUUUACUCAAAACGCUUUUGUAUUACGACCUAUUCGUGCAGCCAUUGCAACAGCCAACAAUCGGUAUAGUCGAGCACUUCGUGCAUCAAUCAGUUCCAUUUUAUCAUCUACAGCUUCUUCAAAUACUAAUCGAACAUUGCAGCGGCAGAAUUCGCUACGCCUUAAACGUCUCCUUGCCAGUCCAUUCGUUGUACAAUAUAAUAAUCUUCACCCUGCUCUUCCUUUUGUGGGUAUGUUUGAGUCUCAUAUUAUUGGACCUAAAAGAAAUUUUGAAAUUACUGUCAAAAUUCUAAACUUGUUCUCUAAAUAAAAAUACUAGUACAUACAGAGCACACCAAAAUUAUAACAUCCCUCCUCCCCCCAUCAAAUUUUGCAAACAACAAAGAUUUCUUCUACUAAAGAAAGUUUCAUUCUCGAUCUAAUGUCAUAUCCAUAGAUACAUGCUAGAAGUCUAUCAUCUGUGAUAUUAAUUGAAUUUGAUCAAUUAGUAUCAAUGAAGAAAUUCAAAAACUUCCGAAGUGCAGCUAUUUCAUAAAUAAGAGCACUCCAUCUUCUUCUAAAUGUAAAAAUAUUGAAUUAAUACUAAUUUUACCAAUUUGAAAGCUUCUCUUUCGGUAUCCAUUCGAAAGAGGAGACAUUCAGCUACAUGCUUAAAAUACAAGAUGUUUGGAACCGAAUUUAACUUUCCUGCAAUUUAUGUAAGAAAUUAAAUGGUAGGA